AUGGCGGCCGCUGAGGCGGGCGGGGGUCCGGCCGCGGCCCCCGAGCCCUCGGCGUCCCCCUGCUCCUCAGAAAGUACGUCCUUGAAAGACAACAAUCUUUCUUAUCCUGGGAUGCUACCAGUAGAUAAAAGGCUUCUGAACUUACAGAUCUACAAACUUCUUCAAUGUGUUCACGAGAAAGACAAGAAGCAAAUAGAGAAUCUGAUCCAGAAAGGAUUCCCAGAUCUCAUUAAUUACACAGAGCCUAAGGAAGGAUAUAGUGCCUUUCACUUGGCCUCCAUGAAAAAUGACAUUGAAAUGUGCCGCUUCCUGCUGGAACACGGAGCUCAUCCAAAUGUCCACGACAAAAUGGGAUGCACUCCAGCCAUGAAAGCAGCUGAGCUAGGCCAUGAGGUGAUUUUGGAAUUAUUAGCAAAAGCUAAUGCAGAUAUGACUGCUGUGGAUAAUGAAGGGAAAGGUAUUUUGUUUUACUGCCUUUCACCUACAGGACGCCACACCCACUGCUUGCAAAUUGCCUUGGAAUAUGGUGCAGAUGUCAACAACUGUACUACUACUGGGAGGUCUGUGCUUCUACAAGCCUGUGAGCAAGCCCAUAAGGUUAAAGACAUGUGCCUGAUUUUCUUGGAGAAAGGAGCAGAUCCCCAUGCAAAAGAUCCGGCCACGGGGCGCACAGCCGUGAUGGAAGCUGCAAGGGAAGGUGCUGCCGAGGUGGUUCUGGAUCUGCUUCGGAGGGGAGCCGAUGUGAACCUGUUUGACUUUGAAAGACACAGUGCUGCACAUUUCGCAGCCAAAGGAGGCUUUUUUGAGAUUCUGACGAUUAUUUCGGGUUAUAAUGCAGACUUGAAACUGAUUGCUAUGAAUGGUAACACACCACUUCAUUACGCUGCAGAGGGAGGAUUUGCAGAUUGCUGCAGAUAUAUAGGACAAAGAGGCUGUGAUCCUACAUGGUCAAACUUGGCACAUCUGACCCCGAGGGAGGUUGCCAAGAGCGGUGGGUUUAAAGCAGCAGCAGCAGUAUUGCGCAAAGUUGAGAAAGCCUUUAAAAAACCAGAUGAGACCCUUGCCUGGUACCUGAAGGUGUACGACUGGUCCUUGGAGCACGAGGAUGCCAUCCGCAAGGAGUUUGAGACUGAAGAAAAAGAAGAAGAUGGGAUGGUAUCCAGAAAUCAUUUUAUAUCAGUUAUUCAGAAGCACUGGGGCACUGUGGACGAGGAACAAAUAGAAAUUCUUGCUAAAAAGCAUGAAGUAUCUGCUGACAGGAUCAGACUUGAUGAUUUUUUUAAAGGCUCAAAGUACUUGCAGAAAACCUUUCUGCUAUCAUCCUUUGGGCCCAAAGCAAAGAAGAAGAAGAAACCACAGAGAAAAAAAGGCAAAAAAGGCCUCCCUGUGCCGAUUUGUAUAAUCCCAAAGAGUGAACGUCCACUUAGAGAAGAUGGCCUCCCUACUUACAUGAUUGAGGCUGUCCCCCACAUUCCUGAAGAGCAGCAUUUCAAACGGGAUCACCAAUCCACCCAUCCCAUGCUCGAUGACCGUGCCUGGUAUGUAGAGGAGCCAAGGAAAACCCUCAUGGAUAUCAACUACCUUGUCAAAGAGGGAGACUUUGUGUCUCUGCAGAAAGCCUUCAACGUAGGUGUGCCAGUAGACGUAAAAGAUAAAUAUUACAAAACACCUUUGAUGGUUGCAUGUGCAAGUGGCAACAUAGUUCUUGUGGAGUUUCUUCUGGAAAAGGGGGCUGAUGUCAAUGCAACAGACAACUUCCUGUGGACUCCUCUGCAUCAUGCUUGCUAUAAUGGACACUUGGAUAUCACUGAGGUGCUGGUGAAAGCUGGAGCAGUUGUGAAUGCCCCUGCAAUAGGCAAUGCCACCCCGCUGAUGAGAGCCAUUGAGGCCUGCAGGCUGGACAUGGUCUAUUUCUUAAUCAAUGCAGGUGCUGACAUCCAAGCUACAAACAGCAAUGGAAAGAGUGUUCUUGAUCUUGCUCAAGUAUUUCAAAAUUCUACAAUAAUUGAACUGCUUGAAAAUCAACUGCAAAUUUUGGCAGAAGAACAAGAAAAAGAAGAAGCAAUGCCAGCAAAAGGGGGGAAGCCAAAACCAGCAGAGCCACCAAAACCUGUGAAAGAAGAGUCUGAAGAUGUAUCUGAGCCACCUGAGGAAAACUCUGUUCCUGAAAAGACAAAGCGUUCCCGUAAGGACAGUUCUGCUUAUUGGAAAUCUUUGGUAACGAGAGAAAACAAAAAUGACAUCUCCUUCAGGCCCAGAAAAAUAUGGAGCCCUGAUGCCACAGCAAUACAGCUUGCAGAAAAGCAAGAAUUAGUCCGUGAACGCGCUGCUCUUUAUGGUCACAUGGAAGAUUUUACAACCCUCUUCAAUAGAAAAUUUAAGAAUUAA